GCUUUAGUUGCGCGCUAUCGUGCUCGCAUGUGGCGUGCUAGCACUUGCUUAUUAUUAAAGCUAAACAUAGUAAAGUCAUUAUUUUUCUCUCCAGAAUGAGUGCUAAUGCAGCUUGUCUGCCCUGUCCAGUUUGUGCGCAUAUUGGUGUUUUUGAAUCAGUGCAGUCAUUAAGAGACAGAUUAAUACAUGUAUCAACAAAUAAAUUGCUGUGCCCAGUUUGUCAAGAAGAAGUAUUUGGCUUGGACAAACUAACAAUACAUUUGUUUAGCCACGUGAAACUGUUGACCACUAAAAUCAAAGAAAAGGAAAUGCCUAUGGUUAUCAACGAAAUAGCUAACUCCGAAAAUCAAGCUAAGCCGCAGCAAAAGAAACCUAAAUCGUGUGUGGUUAAAAAUAAAUCUCCGUCAUCUGCGACAAAUGCUCCUGUUAAAUUCGUGAAAAUUUAUCCGAAACUACCAGUUAUAGCAGUAAACACGGUACCAGUUGUAGAUAUAUCAAGAAAUAAUAUAGAAGGCAGUGAAGGUAGCAAAUCAAUUAUUGUUAAAACAGAAGCAGCCUUAGUGCAGGCAAAUACCACUUGUAAUAUCUGCAAUUUGCAGUUUAUAGAUGCCAAUAUUUUGAGAAUGCACAGAUGCUUAAUUCACAACAUUGACGAAAAUUCAAAUCAAAGUUUUACCAGGUACCACUGCCAUUUAUGUCCAAAAAAUUUCAAGAUGAGAGGGUCUCUUAUGGUACAUUUGAGGGUAGCGCACUUCGGAUUUUUGUCUGGCAAUUCCAAUUCUGAGACCAGUGUCGAUAAAACGGAUGGCGGAAACCCAGAACACCAAGAAGAAAAGCUAUCAAACAUUGAAAGAAGCGAUAACAAACAAUGGCAAUGUGAUGUAUGCCGUAAAUGCUUUACAACCAAAUAUUUCCUGAAGAAACAUAAACGUCUUCAUACAGGUGAAACUCCGUACGCAUGUACGCAAUGCAACAAAACGUUUACAUUUCAGCAAUCAUAUCACAAACAUCUUCUGUAUCAUAAUGAUGAAAAGCCUCACACAUGUAGUUAUUGUGGGCGCGCUUUCAAAGAACUAUCAACACUCCACAAUCAUCAACGUAUCCAUACUGGGGAAAAGCCUUUCUCGUGCGAGACAUGCGGUAAAUGUUUUCGUCAACGUGUCUCGUAUUUGGUACAUAGACGUAUACACACCGGUGUCAUGCCGUACAAGUGCACAGCUUGCCAAAAGAGUUUUAGAUACAAAGUAUCACAGAGAACUCAUAAAUGUCAAGCGCAACCACCAGGGACAGUUGUGCGACAGUCUGGAGAACUUGUUGAAAAACUUAAACAGAAACAUAAUGAACCCGACAUCACAACGUCAGAAAAACAGCUAACUUUAAUAGAAAACCUGAAUUACACGGAUGUUUCUGAGGCAAAUGCAGAGUUGGUACGCACGGGAGCCAAGUUGUCUCUAGAAGACAUGGAGUCUGAACACUUUUCCUUGAUUGCUGAAACUUACAACGAGAACGCAGUCGAUGGUAAAACUUCUUCGCAACCAUUGUGUGCUGAGGAAAUAUUGGAUAAGUGUGACAGUAGUAUGUUCAAUCAAAAUAUAGAUGAUUUAAUUGACUCUAUACCUAUACAGGAUAAGAACAUACCCUCCCCAUCUGAAAUCCUUAAGAAUUUAUGUCUUUCCAAAGAAGAAGAUUAUAUAGGAAUUCUUCAACAAGACGAAGAUAAAAGCUACAGCGGUUGCAAAGAUUUCAACGUAUUUCUCUGAAUUAUGCGGAAUAAAGAUUUUUUUUAUGGAUCUA